AUGAGGCUGGACCUUGCCCGGUGCUUCGCAAUCCGGGGCUGGAAUCCAGGCCAGGCCUGCCGGGCUCCGCCCCUUCCCGGUCUAGGAGCCCCGCCAAGGGGGCUGCCAGGGACUGACCUACAGACCCACGGACAGACAGACGGAAAGACUGUGCUGAUGGCUGCGCAGGGAGAGCCCAGCGUGGGACCAGGAGUCUGGAACCAGACGGAGCCUGAGCCCGCUGCUGACCGCCUACUAAGCCUUUGCUUCCUGAAAACGGCAGGGGCCUGGGUGCCCCCCAUGUACCUCUGGGCCCUUGGCCCCAUCUACCUCCUCUAUAUCCACCGCCAUGACAAGGGCUACCUCCGCAUGUCCUCCCUGUUCAAGACCAAAAUGGUGCUUGGGUUCACCCUCAUAAUCUUGUACACCUCCAGUGUGUCUGUCACUCUUUGGAGAAUCCAGCAGGGGAUGCCCCAGGCCCCCGAAUUCCUCAUUCACCCCACCGUUUGGCUCACCACGAUGAUCUUGGCAGUGUUCCUGAUCCACAUGGAGAGGAAGAAGGGGGUCCAGGCAUCUGGGGUGCUGUUUGGGUACUGGCUGCUCUGCUGUCUCUUGCCAGCGAUCAGCACCGCCCAGCAGGCCUCACAAGGGGGCUUCCAGAGUGACCCCUUCCGCCACCUGUCCACCUACCUGUGCUUGUCUCUGAUGGUGGCGCAGUUUCUGCUGUCCUGCCUGGCCGAUCGACCCCCCUUCUUCCCUAAAGAGCCCCAGCAGUCUAAUCCCUGUCCGGAGGCUGGGGCCUCCUUCCCCUCCAAGGCCAUGUUCUGGUGGGUUUCUGGGCUGGUCUGGAGGGGCUACAGGAGGCCACUGGGACCAAAAGACCUCUGGUCUGUUCGGAGAGAGAACUCCUCAGAAGAACUUGUUUCCCAGCUGGAAAGGGAAUGGACAAGGAGCCGCAGAGCGGCCCAGCGGCAAACUGCAGCAGCCGUGUUUAAGAGGAAAGGGAGCCUCCGCCGUGGUGGGGAGCCCGCAGAGGCCGAGGCCUUCCUGCAGCCAAGAGGGAGUGUGAGGGGCCCGCUGCUGAGGGCCCUCUGGCAGGUCUUCCGCUCCACCUUCCUCCUGGGGACCCUCAGCCUUGUCAUCAGUGACGUCUUCAGGUUCACUGUCCCCAAGCUCCUCAGCCUUUUCCUGGAGUUCAUUGGCGAUGCCACAGCCCCGGCCUGGAAGGGCUAUCUGAUCGCGGUGCUGAUGUUCCUGGCCGCCUGCCUACAAACGCUGUUCGAGCAGCAGCACAUGUACAGACUCAAGGUGCUGCAGAUAAGGCUGCGAACAGCCGUCACUGGCCUGGUGUACAGAAAGGUCCUGGCUCUGUCCAGCGGCUCCAGAAGGACCAGCGCAGCUGGGGGACGUGGCCAACUUGUUGCUUGUGGACGUGCAGCGCUGACGGAGAGCGUCGUCUACGUCAAUGGGCUGUGCCUGCCUCUCGUUUGGAUCAUCGUCUGCUUCUCCCUCUGUCUCCAGCUUCUAGGACCCUCUGCCCUCACCGCCGUCACUGUCUUCCUGAGCCUCCUCCCUCUGAAUUUCUUCAUCACCAGGAAGAGGAACCACUAUCAGGAAGAGCAAAUGAGGCAGAAGGACUCCCGGGCACGGCUCACCAGCUGCCUCCUCCGAAACAUGAGGGCGGUCAAGUGCCACGGCUGGGAGGGGGCCUUCCUGGAGAGAGUCCUGCGCAUCCGGGGCCAGGAGCUGGGCGCCCUGAGGACCUCCGGACUCCUCUUCUCUGUGUCUCUGGUGUCCUUCCAACUGUCCACGUUUCUGGUGGCACUGGUGGUGUUUACUGUCCAUACUCUGGUGACAGAGGAGAAUGCCAUGGACGCCGAGAAAGCCUUCGUGACCCUCACGGUUCUCAACAUCCUCAACAAGGCCCAGGCUUUCCUGCCCUUUUCCAUCCACUCUGUUGUCCAGUCCCGGGUGUCCUUCGACCGCCUGGCCGCCUUCCUCUGCCUGGAAGAAGUUGACCCUGAGGCUGUGGUUUGGAGUGCCUCCAGAGGCUCUGCCAGGGAGGAUUGCAUCAGUGCAGAAGGUACCUUUGCUUGGUCCCGGGACAGCCCGCCCUGCCUACACAGUCUUGUUGGGUCCACCAUCGAGGCAGACCCAGAAUGUUCUGGUCCCAUCUACCAUCAGCUCUCCCUCACGUUGCUGCAGCCCCCCCUGGCUGCCCUCCUUGUUUCUGUCCUCAAAUCCCAGCAGCUAAACGACUCCCUUGACCUUGCAGAAACAGAACUCGCGACCACCAUUGAGGACCCCGGAGGCUCUGCUGGAGGCGGGAGGCCCGUGGGUGGCCCAAGGAGGUCCAUGAAGUCAAUCCCUGAGGACAGCACCACUUUGGAGGCCCAGACAAAGGUUCCCCUAGAUGACCCUGAGAAGGCAGGACCGCCAGCAGGAGGGGACAGCGUGCAGUAUGGCAAGCUCCAUCUUGGCCACCUCAAAAAAAGCAAGCACCUCUUUCCCAAAAGCCCUAGCAAAGUCCCAGCUAUAGGGCUGCUUGCCUCCACGACCACAGUGCUCCUAGGGGGCAUCCGGGCAUCCAGCCGGCUCUUCCGGAGGCUCCUGUGGGACGUGGCACGGUCUCCCAUUGGUUUCUUCGAGCGGACGCCCAUGGGGAACCUGCUGAACCGCUUCUCCAAGGAGACAGACACCAUAGACGUGGACAUCCCAGACAAACUCCGGUCCUUGCUGAUUUACACCUUCGGACUCCUGGAGGUCACUCUGGUGGUAACGGUGGCCACCCCGCUGGCUGCCGUGGCCAUCCUGCCAUUGCUGCUCCUCUACACUUGGUGGCUCGCUGCCAACCUGGAGCUCCUGGGGAACGGGCUGGUGUUUGCCGCUGCCACGUGCGCUGUGCUGAGCAAGGCCCAUCUCAGCGCUGGCCUCGUGGGCUUCUCCGUCUCCGCCGCCCUCCAGGUGACCCAGACACUGCAGUGGGCUGUUCGCAGCUGGACAGACCUGGAGAGCAGCAUCGUGUCGGUGGAGCGGAUGCAGGACUACACUCAGACACCCAAGGAGGCACCCUGGACACUGCCCACCUGUGAAACCCAGCCCCCCUGGCCUUGUGGGGGCCAGAUCGAGUUCCGGGACUUGGGGCUGAGACACCGACCCAAGCUCCCGCUGGCCGUGCGGGGUGUGUCGUUCAAGAUCCACGCAGGAGAGAAGGUGGGCAUCGUUGGCAGGACGGGGGCCGGGAAGUCCACCCUGGCCGGGGGCCUGCUGCGGCUCCUGGAGGCAGCUGAGGGUGAGGUCUGGAUUGACGGGGUCCCCAUCAGCCAUGUGGGGCUGCACACGCUUCGGUCUAGGAUCACCAUCAUCCUCCAGGACCCCAUCCUGUUCCCCGGCUCUCUGAGGAGGAACCUUGACAUGCUACAGGAGCACACGGAUGAAGCCAUCUGGCAGGCCCUGGAGACGGUGCAGCUCCGAGCCCUGGUGGCCAGCCUGCCCGGCCAACUGCAGUACGAGUGUGCCGACCAAGGCGAUGACCUCAGCCUGGGCCAGAAGCAGCUGCUGUGUCUGGCACGUGCCCUUCUCCGGAAAACCCAGAUCCUCAUCCUGGACGAGGCCACGGCCGCCGUGGACCCGGGGACUGAGCUGCAGAUGCAGGCCGCCCUUGAGAGCUGGUUUGCCCACUGCACGGUGCUGCUCAUCGCCCACCGCCUGCGCUCCGUGAUGGACUGUGCCAGGGUGCUGGUCAUGGACAAAGGGCAGGUGGCAGAGAGCGGCAGCCCUGCUCAGCUGCUGGCCCGGAAGGGCCUGUUCUAUAGGCUGGCACAGGAGUCAGGCCUGGUCUGA